UCUCCCCCGGGCCGCGCCCCGGGGCCCCGCACUGACGGCCCAUGGCGCCGCCCGCCGCCCGCCUCGCCCUGCUCUCCGCCGCCGCGCUCACGCUGGCGGCCCGGCCCGCGCCCAGCCCCGGUCUGGGCCCCCGUCCCGAAUGUUUCACAGCCAAUGGUGCAGAUUAUAGGGGAACGCAGAACUGGACGGCGCUGCAAGGCGGGAAGCCAUGUCUGUUCUGGAACGAGACUUUCCAGCAUCCGUACAACACUCUGAAAUACCCCAACGGGGAGGGGGGCCUGGGCGAGCAUAACUAUUGCAGAAACCCAGACGGAGAUGUGAGCCCCUGGUGCUACGUGGCGGAGCAUGAGGACGGCGUCUACUGGAAGUACUGCGAGAUCCCCGCCUGCCAGAUGCCUGGAAACCUCGGCUGCUACAAGGAUCAUGGAAACCCACCUCCUCUAACUGGAGCCAGUAAGACAUCGAACAAACUCACCAUACAAACCUGCAUCAGUUUUUGUCGGAGCCAGAGGUUCAAGUUUGCUGGGAUGGAGUCGGGCUACGCUUGCUUCUGUGGGAACAACCCCGACUACUGGACGUACGGGGAGGCGGCCAGCACCGAGUGCAACAGCGUCUGCUUCGGGGACCACGCCCAGCCCUGCGGCGGCGACGGCCGGAUCAUCCUCUUCGACACUCUCGUUGGUGCCUGCGGUGGGAACUACUCAGCCAUGACCUCUGUCAUCUACUCCCCUGACUUUCCGGACACCUACGCCACGGGGAGGGUCUGCUACUGGACCAUCCGGGUGCCGGGAGCCUCCCGCAUCCACUUCAGCUUCACCCUAUUCGACAUCAGGGAUUCCGCCGACAUGGUGGAGCUGCUGGACGGCUACACCCACCGGGUGCUGGUCCGCUUCAGCGGACGGAGCCGCCCCCCUCUGUCCUUCAAUGUCUCUCGGGACUUCGUCAUCCUGUAUUUCUUCUCCGACCGCAUCAACCAGGCCCAGGGGUUCGCUGUGUUAUACCAAGCCGUCAAGGAAGAACUGCCGCAGGAGAGGCCCACUGCCAACCAGACGCUGGCUGAGGUGAUCACAGAGCAGGCCAACCUCAGCGUCAGCGCUGCCCGGUCCUCCAAGGUCCUCUACGUCAUCACCACCAGCCCCAGCCACCCGCCCCAGACCAUCCCAGGUAGAUGGACUGUGUACGGCCUGGCAACUCUCCUCAUCCUCACGGUCACAGCCAUUGUAGCAAAGAUACUUCUGCACGUCACGUUCAAAUCGCAUCGUGUUCCUGCUUCCGGGGACCUUCGGGAUUGUCACCAAGCAGGGACGUCAGGGGAAAUCUGGAGCAUUUUCUAUAAGCCUUCUACUUCGAUUUCCAUCUUUAAGAAGAAGCUCAAGGGUCAGAGUCAGCAAGACGACCGCAACCCCCUUGUGAGUGACUGAAGCGCCCGUCCUUCCCAGGGCGCGAGGCUCCCCCGAGCUCGAGGCCGCAGGGGACCGCCUCCCCCGUGGUUCCUGCCCACGAACUCCUCCCUGCCUCUCCUCCUCCGCCACCUCUCCAGGGGCGCCUGCCGGUGGACUGGGAAGGGUGCCCUGCAGCAGGGGCAGAGUGGCCUGGGUCCCUCCUGCUUCAUCAGCUGCACCUCAGAGGGAGACACUCAGGGUCCCAGGUCCGGGGCCUCCUGCGUGUGUCUCUCUGGUCUAGGAGUAGGGGCGUCGGGACCCUGGGGCUGAGAGGACAAAGACGGCUGUGUCCAGCACUGGGUUCAGGUACCUUCUAGGUGACUGUCAGGUGGUGGGUAAGUGUAGCGUACGUUCAGUCUUUCUUGCUUCUUCUUCGUGUUGUCCACACACAGACCACUUUCUCCUGGUCGUCGUGGUUUGGAAGGGGGCCAGGCAGAGAAUUCUGAGGUUCUCUUGAGGGUUGGCCCGGGCCGGUGCUCCUGGGUCCCAAAGCCCUAAAGAGGGCCCACACUCCGUGCUAACUCUGGGGCUUUGUCCUCCUGGCACCGGGUGAAAACAGGCCUGAGAGUGAGGUCUGCUGACCCCCGUUCGCGUUAAAUCUGAAACCUUCCGCAUUCGGGCUUCUCCCCACAGCUUGGUGGCCCACAGAGCAAGCUUGUGGAGCGGCCGCAUAAAACACCCAUUGACGUGUUCACACAACAGGCUUUACUGAAAGCUCGUGCAGGUGCUCAAUGAGUCCUUGUUGGACUGGAUUUGUCUGGCCUCGCCCCCGAACAGCCUGUGGUCCCGUGGGACCCGAGCCAGGCCCUCGCCUCUCCCGGAUGCUCUAGGCUGACUCUCAGCUCAGAACAGGGAGUGUAAAGAUCAUGGUUGGGCAUUCAGGCGGCAUCGUUUGAGACAGGGUGGCCAGCAGUCCCUCCGUUAGCCGCCCCACAGCACCCCACAGCCGGUGUUCUCGGUGGCCCUCUCUGCUCCUUCCCACGGGGACAGAGUGGGGUUUGGAAUGGCUUGCUGGAGAAGGAGAGGGCUCUUAACCCUGGUCCCUCACUACCCAGCCCCUGGGUGGGGAGCAGAAGCACAGGGAUGGUCUGCGGAGUGAGAGGGAGGGUUUGGGAACCGGAGACCUUCUGAGGACCGGCCUCCAAGACCGAGAGCUGCAAGUGCCUUUGCUCCAAAGGCAUACAGAGUCCAUGCCGUCCAGUUCAGGGGCCCCCAGCAGCCACAGCGGGCUGUGCCCACAGCAGCUGAGCAGAGCCCCGCCCAUGCCUCUGAAGGCCCGGCCUAAGCCUUUGUUAGAACACGACUCCCCAGAGGCACUCGGGCCUGGGUCUUUCUGUCCUUCUGGCCUCACAGGUUCCCCCUUUGGAGCACUUUGCCUGCCUUCCCCAAGUCCCUAAGCCACUGCCCACCACAGCCCUGCUUGGGUUUUGCCAUACUGGCAACCCAUCUGAAACCGGCUGCUGCUAGAAAAACAGGGCUGUGUGGGGCUAGCCGGGAGGUGUCUGCAGGGAGAGGUGACCACUGGCAGCCAGGAAAGACACUAGGAGCUGACAGGCAGAGGGGCGUUCAGAGGAGGGAAAGGGUGCAGAGUGUCCGCAGCAGGGCAGGGGCACUGCCCGCCCCCGCCCCCACGUGAGGCCUAGCACAAGCGUGGAUCUGCUCCGUGCUGUCUUCACACUUUGAUCUGGGCAGGGCGGUUACCCUGGAGCAGCUGUCCGCAGCCCCCGGGCCUGGAGACAGAGGUCCGCCCCAUACAAGGGCCGCUGGAAAUACGCUGACAUGUGCAGUCUCCGUUCCAAGCUAUUCCUGGCUUUUGUGGCAUCUCCUCUCAAACCCAAGUGUCAGGUGUGCGGGCACAAAGGGCCCUGUGCAGGCAGAUCCACCCCCGGCACAAAGGGAGUGUGGAAUGUGGCGAAGGGUUCGCCCAGGCCAGAGCCACUGUUCAGCUGCCUGGGGCUUUCUUUCUCUGAUCGCUGACCUCUGGGGCAGGCAGCCCACCUCGUGCCUCUGGUCACGGGGGCCAAGCCAGUGGGUUGUCUGGGCCUGCAGCUGGAUCCGCCCUCUCUCAGAGAUCCGGGAAGGGCUGGGGAUGCCCUGGGGCCCUCCUUCCGGCUGGUCCCGGAGCAGCCCGGUGCCACCAGGAUCACUUUACAGCCCAGGGAGGGACCACUAGCAACCCAAACCGGCCUCAGGACAGCAUGGGGGGAGGUCGCCGUAGAUGGUCCCAGGCCAAACCCCAUAAGUCCAUGAGAGGCGAUGAGAGGGAGCCACAGUCUGGCCACGGUCCUGGUUGGAACCUGUCGGCAACACCCACCAAGGGUCCUCUGCAGCUACGUAAACACCUGAGAAACACCUUGUCCCAGAAGAGGUGGGGCAUGCUUCCAGGAGCAUUGAAGGAGGGAGCACUUGAUCUUCUAAGAAACUACUUUAGAAAAGACAAGUGAGGGUUGGAGGUGAUGGGCAAGGCAGCCCUGAGAAAGUUCACUGUAGAUGACACAGCAGAAGGUCAAGGAAGGGGGGCCUCCGGGGACCAACUCGGACGGCGGCUCUCAAAGCAUCCGGUGCAGAGCCCCUGCCCCGAGGUGCAGCGUGGAGGGUGCUGCAAGCUCACCCCUUGCUCGGGACCGCCGUGCCCUCCUCACCCUGUCCGCCACCAGCUCUCGGGCCCUGCCUUCUCCGCAUGCGGCUGCCCCGACCUGAGGGAGUGCCCCCUGGCAGCUGCUCCUGUUGCCUCCCGGGGUGGUCGCACCUUUCCUUGGCCAUGCUUCCCAGCAGCCGUGGCCCCUCCAAAAGGCUCUCAGAGCCCGAGUUCUUCCCCACGAGCCAGUGCUUUCGGGCAGAGAAGGAGUAGGGAUGGACGCUGGGACCUCCCCCGCCCCGUCAGGGCAGGGUAAGGCCUCUCUGGGUGUAAGUAAGGUCACCUGGUUGCUCGCUGUAGCCUCUGAAGUGUGGGCUCUGGCUCAAGACUCCAGUCGGCCAGAGACCCACCACGAUCAAAGCACUAGUGAGGGCAACCGUCCUGGACCUGAGGCCGCAGCUGUGGGGAGGGGCCUCGCCCACAUGCCCCACCAUUGCCAAGCCUCUGUGCGCCCUGGGCACUUAAUCCUCACGAGCACUUAGUGGACGGCCUCCCGGAUCCCGUCUGCCCUGCCCGACGAGGCCACCCCAGGUCUCCCCCCCCCCCCCCCCGCCCCCGGAGCCGGGCGGCUCCCCACUCCACCGCCCAGUCCAGUGGCACCCUCUUGGGUUUCAAAUCUCCUAUCUGGUGUUUGAUGUCUGCUUUUGUUACUACCUUGGGGAUUUUUAACCUUCGGUUGUUUCCUCCGGUGUCCGUGUUUACCUUCCUCACUCUCUACCUCCUGGCCAGGUCUCUCAGCUCAGCUGCCCUGGCGUGGGGUGUUUCUCCGACCUUCCAGCCGCGGCUGCCUCCCCCCCGGGCCGGCCGGCUCAGGGGUGACGGGGCCUGCCCCUCCGCCUGCAGACCCCGGGGUGUGGGGGGGUGUGCUCUGCGUGGGCGUCUGUCUCGCUGAGUCCAGCCUGCUCAACGAGACGGACGUGGGGUGUGGAGGAGGGUCCAGGGCACGUCCGCUGCUUCGGAGAGGACGUGCCCUCAGGAGCAGAGCGGGCAGCCGCCGCCACCGGGGCCGCGCGGCACCCAGACCUGCCCGCAUCCAGACCCCCCGUCCCGUGGGGACCUCGACUUGGGAUGAUAAGGCUUUAUUUGUAAAUAUGCUCUUAAUAUGCAACUCUGAGAAUAAAAUAGAAACAUCGUGUAUUUUAAAAUAUGAGAUGAAGUGUGACGCACUGUAUACAAUUUAAUAUAUAUUUUUAGGAUUUUGUUAUUUAAGAAAAUGGAAUGUAAUGGUACUUAACUUUUGCAAAAGAGAGAAAAAUGUUAUUUUUACUGCCUGGAGAAAAUAAAUAUUCUCACUGUUGUAGA